UUCCAGUAAUACUAAUAAAGCAAUAAGCUGCGAGAGAAAAUUGAAUGAUUCGCUCAAAUGGCGAACACUCCUUCUCACCAGACGCAGAUUCCUCUGCCUUCGUACUCAGGUGAAAGUCAGACCAAUCCCGAAGCCAACCUAGCCUUGGUUCCUAUUCAUAUUGUUACUAGUGCAUCUCAACUUCCUAAGGAAUUUAUUGACCCAUCGCCUGAAAGUCAUCUGGUUGUGGGCUUUGAUUGUGAGGGUGUUGACCUGUGUCGCCAUGGAAAACUCUGUAUCAUGCAGUUUGCAUUUCCAGAUGCUAUAUAUCUGGUUGAUGCUGUUCAGGGAGGAGAGGAACUUGUGAAAGUAUGUAAGCCUGCACUAGAGUCCAAAUAUGUCACAAAAGUUAUUCAUGAUUGCAAACGAGAUAGCGAGGCACUGUACUUUCAGUUUGGUAUCAAGUUGAACAACGUUAUUGAUACACAGAUUGCAUAUUCGCUUAUAGAGGAGCAAGAGGGACGAGCAAAGUCACCAGAUGAUUAUAUCUCCUUUGUUAGUCUUGUUGCUGAUGCACGUUAUUGUGGUGUAUCAUAUCAGGAGAAGGAAGAGGUCCGCCUCCUACUUAGGAAGGAUUCAAAGUUUUGGGCCUAUAGACCAUUGUCUGAAUUGAUGGUCCGUGCAGCUGCUGAUGAUGUACGCUUUCUUCCUUACAUCUAUCACAAGAUGAUAGAGAAAUUGAAUCAACGAUCACUGUGGUACCUAGCAGUGCGUGGUGCUUUGUACUGUCGGUGUUUUUGCAUAAGUGAUAAUGAAUAUGCUGACUGGCCUCCUCUCCCUUCCGUUCCAGAUAACCUUGUAGUAGAGGGCAAUGCUCCUGAAGAAGAAAUCCUUUCAGUCUUAGAUGUUCCAGCUGGAAAGAUGGGACGCGUAAUCGGUAGGAAAGGAGCCUCAAUUAUGUCAAUAAAGGAAUCUUGCAAUGCGGAAAUUCUCAUUGGAGGUCUUAAGGGUCCACCGGACAAGGUAUUCAUCAUCGGAUCAGUGCAGCAGGUGAGGAAGGCGGAAGCCAUGCUAAGAGGAAGGAUACAGGAAUAUAAUGAAAAGAGAAUUGUGAUGUGAUGAAAAUGAACAUGAACAUGGACAUGAACAUGAACUCAAUCCUCAAUAUUGAAACGUUUUCGUGUUUGUGUAUUAUUGCACGAAUGGAUAGGUGCCAAAAAUGAGGGAUUUCUUUACAAUAUACAUACUGGUAAGUGGAA